AUGAGAAAUUCAUUUAACUCGGGUUUAGAUGGUAAUACGAUGAUUAUUUGGUCGCCUCUUAAUUCAUUCGAAUUUACAAUACCAACUAAUCAGAAAGACUAAUGUAUACUAAAAGAACAUACAAAUUUUAUCCUAUGUUUACAUAUACUUACUCCAUCAGAGACCUCAUUUUUAGUGGAUCUUAUGAUAGGAAGAUAAAAUUUUGGUCUCUUUCAUCAACAAAGCUUUCUUUACCAUGGAAAUGUUCAUAGACUAUUGAAGAACAGAGAGUUAAAAUUUUUGGAUUAUCAAUUAAUCAAGAAGGUAAUAGAUUACUUUCUUGUGCUAGUCAUUUUUGAAUAUUAGUGAUGGAAGGUUCUAAUAAAACAUAAUGAAAUAUUAGAUAAAGAAUAUCAGUAGAUCUAUGGAGAUAUCGAUUAUGUUUUAUAAAUAAUCAUGUUUUUACAUUUUAACCUAUAGAAACAGCUCCUCAAUUAUAGGGAUCAGCUCAUAUUCAUAUUUAUAUUUACAAUACUCAAAAAGAAUAGUAUUUAAAAUCAAAAACAGUAUUGGUUUAAGGUGGUGGGUAACCCUGCAGACCUUAUUUUCCUUAAUUAUACAUUAAUUCGAUCAACCUUUUAUUAUCUAAAAAUGGUCAUUAUUUAAACUUUAUUAGAUUCAAAUUCUCAUCCUCUAAAUCUGAUUUGGAAUGUAAUUUAGAAUAAGCAAUCAACUUUGGUACAAUGAAUACUUAUGGCACAAUUAGUGAUAAUGGAGAAUUCUUAGUAACAUGGGAUUAAAAAUAAAAUAAUAUCUAAAUCUUAGUAUAAGGAGGACAAUAAGAAACUUGA